GAGCAUCAUUCGUCGCGAACUGUUCGAUAGCCGCAGAUCUAAGCACCAAACAACAAUCACCAUGAAAUUCCUGAUUGUCUUCGUCGCCCUCUUCGCCGUGGCUCUGGCUGCUCCUGCCGCUGAGGAACCCACAAUCGUGCGCUCUGAAUCCGACGUUGGACCCGAAAGCUUCAAAUACGACUGGGAAACCUCCGAUGGACAGGCUGCUCAAGCUGUAGGUCAGCUGAACGACAUUGGAACUGAGAACGAGGCUAUCUCUGUGAGUGGAUCCUACCGCUUCAUUGCUGAUGAUGGCCAGACCUACCAAGUCAACUACAUCGCCGAUAAGAACGGAUUCCAGCCCCAGGGUGCUCAUCUGCCCGUUGCCCCCGUGGCAUAAGUUUUUCAACAUUUUUAACUAGUUCCUUUUUAAUGUCGGUUAACAGGAAAUAGAAAACCUUUAUUACCGUUCUUAUCAAGGAGAACAGAAUCUAAAUCAAUAAGCCUAAAGUGUUAUUAAAGAAAAAAUUAUUACAUG